AUGUUGUUUUCGGAUGAGCCUACAACAGGUUUAGACAUAAAAGCUUUGCAAGUCUUGAGAAAAUUUAUCUCGACGAUUUGGAAUCACGAUUAUCUUAUCUAUUCAUCAAUCUCGACUGGAAAUCACUGCAUUAUUUGA